CGGGGCUUUAUGACGUCAUAGAGAAGGAGCGCUCGUCCACGGUGGAGAACAGACGGAACGGACUGCAGCGGAAUAAAACACCAUUAUGUCGGAUCCGACUGAUUCCACACCGUGAGACAGACGAAUGAACGGAAUCGACAGAAUAACAGUCCUUCCUAUUGUGUAUCCUGUGUUCUGAUUGGCUGUCAUCUCAGAUGGCUCAGAUUUGGAAGAGGGGUGUGCCACCAUCAAAGGGUAAUGACUCACUGGUUGGCAUGGCGCUGGGGCCCGGGCUGGUGACGGUGGCCCCUGAGGGUCACAACAGAUCGUGGGAGACCCCAUUGGUCACCCCAGAGACGCCCAUUUUCCUCAUGACACCCGCAGCCCAAACCAUCUCUGGAAUCUUUACAUGGACCGCACUACUGCUUACUUGCCAACAGAUCUACAUGCACUUGCGGUAUUAUAACUCUCCGAACGAACAGCGGCAUAUCGUUCGCAUUCUCUUCAUCGUGCCGAUUUACGCCUUCGACUCGUGGCUCAGCCUGCUGUUCUUCACUAAUGAGGAGUACUACGUUUACUUCGACACAGUUCGAGACUGUUACGAAGCGUUUGUGAUCUAUAACUUCUUGAGUUUGUGUUAUGAGUAUCUGGGUGGUGAGAGCGCCAUCAUGGCCGAGAUCAGAGGCAAACCCAUCGAGUCCAGUUGUGUGUACGGGACGUGUUGUUUAUGGGGCAGAACGUACUCCAUUGGCUUUCUGCGCUUCUGUAAACAGGCGACUCUUCAGUUCUGUGUGGUGAAGCCGCUGAUGGCCGUCAUGACCGUCAUUCUACAAGCGUUUGGGAAAUACAGAGACGGAGACUUCAAUGUGGCGAGCGGUUAUUUAUACGUGACGAUCAUCUAUAAUAUCUCGGUCAGUCUCUCUCUCUACGCUCUGUUUCUCUUCUAUUUCUCCACUCGAGAUCUGUUGGAGCCGUACUGUCCCGUACUGAAGUUCUUCAUGGUCAAAUCUGUCAUCUUCCUCUCAUUCUGGCAGGGAAUGCUGUUGGCUAUUCUGGAGAAAUGUGGCGCGAUUCCUCGGAUAAACUCUCCUGAUGUCACAAUGGGGGAGGGGACUGUUGCCGCCGGUUACCAGAACUUCAUCAUCUGCAUUGAGAUGUUCUUUGCUGCGCUAGCGCUCCGACACGCGUUCACAUACAAGGUGUAUAUGGACAAGAGACUCGACGCUCACGGUUGUAUUCCAGUCUAUGGGCAGUACGGACACUGUGCUCCCAUGAGUAUCUCCAGCAGUCUGAAGGAGACGAUGAAUCCGGGCGACAUGUUUCAGGAUGCCAUUCAUAACUUCUCUCCUGCGUAUCAGCAGUACACACAACAGCGUCGAGCCGAACCGGUGACCCGAUCCAACAGCACCAAUGAGAAAACACUGCUGCUCAGCUCCGACGACGAGUUCUGACACACACACACACACACACACACACACACACACACACACACACACACACACACACACACACACUCACACUCAGAGGCUCUGUUUCCAACCCUAGUGACAUCAUAAACAUCAUAAACUAUUCCAAACCAAAAUCUAUGCUGCGUUUUAAGGUUAUUUAUUCUUUGCGGUUCGCUUUAACCUGUAUAUUAUUGGUUGUGUACAAUAUGGUGAGUUCACUUAAGCAUAUCCAGUGUUACAACAACAACAACUGAUUUUGGCAACAUUCAUAGUUUCUUUGUUACUUCAAUGUAUGACAUGACGAAAGCCCAGCUGAGAUGUCGGAGCUCCUCAUGUGCACUUAAAGCAGCAGGAGUUUCAGUAGUGAGAUGCUGCACCUGUUGAGCAUUUCACAUAACUCAUUAAUGAGAUUCCCUUUUAGUUUGUGUGCUGCCUAAGAAGUGAGUAGACAUCAAGACAGCUCACUAGUGUUUGGAACAGAGCUACAGAGAGAGAGAGCAAGAGAGAGAGAGAGCAAGAGAGAGAGAGCAAGAGAGAGAGAGGGACAGAGAGCGCGAGAGAGCAAGAGAGCGAGAGAGCAAGAGAGCGAGAGAGCAAGAGAGCAAGAGAGAGAGAGAGAGGGACAGAGAGAGAGAGCAAGAGAGCGAGAGAGCAAGAGAGCAAGAGAGAGAGAGAGGGACAGAGAGAGAGAGAGAGAGCGAGAGAGCAAGAGAGAGAGAGGGACAGAGAGAGUGUAUAUUGUUAUUAUAGUUUUUAUUUUUAUUUGAUUUGAUUCAUUACCUGGCACCUUAUUUUAAUUCUAUCUUAUUAUUAUUAUUUGUCUUGUCAUUAUCUGUUUUGUGUAUUAAUGCUUUGGCAAUAUAGUGUAAACACAAUCAUGCCAAUAAAGUACUUUUAAAUUGAAAUUGAGAGAGAAAGAGAGCUAGAGAGAGAUAGAGAGAGAGCAAGAGAUCGAGAGAGAGCAAGAGAGAAAGAGAGAGCAAGAGCAAAAUUUGGCAAUAUUGUAUGUAAACACAAUCAUGCCAAUAAAGUACAUUUAAAUUUAAAUUGAAUUGAGAGAGAGAGAGAGAGAGAG